AUGGUCCUAACAAUUUUUCUUUUAAAGUCUGUCACAGAAAGCUUUGCCAAAGUGAUCCAUGGCCUGAAAGUGGAACACCUGACUGAUCACGUUCUCCGAAGGAGCAAGAGGAUGAUUCUGGAUGCUCUGGGUGUUGGGAUCCUGGGAUCCACCACAGAAGUGUUUCACAAAGUCAGCGAAUAUAGUAAAAUCUACAGUUCCAGAAUGUCCAGCACUGUUUGGGGCCAGUCAGACCUCAGGCUCCCACCAACAUAUGCUGCCUUUGUUAACGGUGUGGCUAUUCACUCAAUGGAUUUUGACGACACGUGGCACCCUCCCACCCACCCUUCUGGAGCUGUCCUUCCUGUCCUCAUUGCUUUAUCAGAAGACCUGCCUUCAAGUCCAAAGUUUUCUGGCUUGGACCUUCUGCUGGCUUUCAAUGUUGGUAUUGAAGUACAAGGCCGAUUAAUGCAUUUCUCCAAAGAAGCCAAUAACAUACCAAAGAGAUUUCAUCCCCCCUCAGUAGUAGGAACUUUGGGUAGUGCUGCUGCUGCAUCCAAGUUUUUAGGACUCAGCAGGACAAAGUGCCAAGAAGCUCUUGCUAUUGCUGUUUCUCUUGCUGGGGCACCCAUGGCAAAUGCCGCCACUCAGACCAAGCCUCUUCAUAUUGGCAAUGCAGCCAGACAUGGCUUAGAAGCUGCUUUUCUGGCAAUGCUGGGUCUCCAAGGAAACAAGCAGGUCCUAGACAUGGAGACAGGGUUUGGGGCCUUCUAUGCAAACUAUUCCCCUAAAGUCCUUCCAAACUUAGAUUCCCAUACCUGGCUGCUGGACCAGCAGGACGUGGCCUUCAAGCGGUUCCCUGCACAUCUGAUCACCCACUGGGUGGCAGAUGCAGCUGCGUCUAUGAGGAAGCACCUUGUAUCAGGCAGAGCCCUGCUUUCCAUUGACCACAUUGAGAGAAUUGUGCUCCGAAUUCCAGAUGUCCCGUAUGUCAAUAGGCCUUUCCCUGACUCAGAGCAUGAAGCCCGUCACUCCUUUCAGUAUGUGGCCUGUGCUGCCCUGCUUGAUGGUGGCAUCAGUGUCCCAUCGUUUCAUGAAUGUCAGAUCAACAGGCCACAGGUGAGAGAGCUACUCAGUAAGGUGGAGCUGGAGCACCCUCAGGACAACCUGCCGAACUUCAACACACUGUACUGUGAGAUAAGUGUCACCCUCAAUGAUGGGGUCACCUUCAAGGAGCGCUCUGAUACCUUCUACGGUCACUGGAGGAAGCCACUGAGUCAGGAGGACCUACAGAGGAAGUUCAGAGCCAAUGCCUCCAGGAUACUGUCCCCAGACACAGUAGAAAGACUCAUCGAGAUGGUAGAAAACCUGGAAGACCUAGAAGACUGUUCUGUGUUAACUAGACUUCUGAAAGCGCCCUCUCCACCAGAGGUGGUUUCAAAAUCUAUCCCGGAUUUAACAGUUCCAUCAUAUAAUCUCGCCUGA